AUGACGGCAAAAGUGAAGAGUACAAGUAAUAAGAUCAACCAGCUCCUGAAAAGUGAACAUUUAGAGCCAAAGCAAGAGAAGGCACUAAGAUCAUGUGCUGAGUCAUACAAGAUCAUGAUAGAUGUAUUUGUUCCAAAAAUCGAUCGAGCUCUGGAAUUAGGAAACCCAAAAUUUGCAGAAGAAGGUGCAACUUCUAUGGGACUCGACGCUAAAGUUUGCGAUGAAGGAUUUUCUGGCAGCACUUCUCCGCUUACAAACGAAAACAAAGCUCUGCGUGAUCUUGCUGACGUUACUGUUGCUAUUGUUAGGCUAUUGCUAUAA